AUGGACAAAGUGUCUAUUCUGCACGCAUUUCCGAAUGGAUCAACGUUUUUGGCGGAUGUCUCUUCCUCCAUCCUACGAAGGCCAGUCGUAUCCCUGACGACGCAUGAUGGUCCUCAUGCCAUCGCCUCGGACGUCAGCCACGAGGCGUUUAUGAGUGCGCUUUCCGCGUUGAUGCCCGCAUCCCAGUCUUGGGUCCACGAUGCUGGUGGGGAGGAUGAGUUAAGUGUGAUACGUGUGGUCUCCAUCACUGGCUCGGUGGAUUUUCACAAACGCCUCAUCGCAGAGUGCGAAUCAUACUGUCGCCUGUGUUGGCGUCUACAGCAUGCGGUUGAUUGGGUACUUUUGAGGGAACCAGUGCAUAAGAAUAACACCACCUCCAAACUGGCGCCCUCCCACGCUUCCGAUGUGGAUUUGCUCUCUCAUUUAGUCUACCCUUUGGAGCCCACGGCGUUCCUGGCGGCUGCCUUUGCUUUGCCCCCGUUAGUCGCCGUAGCAUCCUCGUUGCCAGAAGAUGAGGAUCCUGCAGCAAGCGGAAGGCAGAAUGGGUUGCGCUCCUCGGAGUCCUCACAAACUGUACCGUAUUGCUUUUUCUACAGAUGCCCAGUGCUACGUUUGUUGCAAGGAGAUGCCGUUGGGAGUUACUCCCGUAGUGGUUGCGGCGGUGAAGAAUGCCCCUCGGAGACACCCAGGAUGACUUUGAUGGAGCGCAUCGCUUCCGUCGCCAGCGUGGCUGGUGUCUGUGGGUGUGUCUCUCCGCUCCACAGCACACUAAGCGUGCGCAACCGCACCAAGAUUGGGCUUACGCUCUCGGCGUACAUAGAGGGCUGUCUGCCGCUUUCAGUGACCACCAAUGGUGACGGUGCAUCAGUGGCCGUAACGAGGGAAGGAGAGGAUCCGUUUUCGCGCUGGAGGGACGAUAUACUGUGGCGUCUGCUUGGGUUGCUGGUGUCGGCGCUGGCCGUGGCGCACGCGUCUGGGUUUCACUUUUGCGGUGAACUUUCCGCUGAUGACAUUCUUUGCUUUGCGCUGCCAGAGGGCGACACCAAUGGCUUUGCCCAGGAGACACUCUCGCAUGAGGGGAAGCAGGACCCCAAGUCUAUGGGCCAGCGCCUCAGGGAGUGGGUGAAAGGAAAUCAAGGGAGUUGGCUUAUUACUGAUGCCACUCCAGCACACCACGCCUUCUUUAUGUUCGCCACCCUACCGCGGUGUCUCUUUAUGGAGAAGGCAAAAACACCGUCUGACGUGGCGGCGGCGCAGCGACGCGACACCGCCGCUGUUGGUCGUAUUCUUGUGGCUGUCGUGGAGGAGAUGAAGCGUCGGCGCGGGGCGAACGGGGUGAACAGCUGCUCGGAACUUCUCUUCGUUGCCGAGCGUAUGGCGGCUGUGGAGGGGGGAGGUGGGAGAAUGUUGGAAGCGGAGGCCCCAGCCCACCGCUUUUCGCAGCUGCAGGCCGUACAGCUGCGGACCUACCUCUGGCUGCUGCGUGCCAUUGUUGAGGAGCGCGACACUCAACUCGCCGCAGCCCUCCUUCAUAACAACAGCGCUGUCAAAAGCAAGGAAUCGAAGCUGCCUUCGGCAGCUUCGCCGCUCACUGAGGAUAACAUGGCCUUUCUGGAGCAAUUGAAGGAGCGGGACCGUCUACUGAGCGAGCGGGAGAAGAAGUUGGAUCGCUUCCUUCACCUAUACGAGCUGACAGCUGAGCGCCUGGAUGAACUGCCAGUGAGGCGGGACAGUUUUGAUCACCUCAGACGGUCGUUACUGUGCACACCAUGUUCUCGGCCCACCGCAACACCACGAACACCUCCAAACACCGCAUCGGCAUCUGCACCCAUACCGCCAGCAAGGGUGCGGCAACCGAAUACAACGUCUACGCGACGUCCUGCGACAGCGGCAGCGACGGAGGCCACACCGUCCGAUCGAACUGGUCCCCUCUAUGGUCUUUUGCGCUCUUCACGGGAAGACAAGGCAGGGGCUGCUCCGGCUCCAGCUUCCAAUACCGCCCCUUCGUCACGCUCCAUGGCGGCUGAGUUGGGUAGUGAAAGACGAACACAGGACGUGACCCCACGACAACGUGUACUUAGGGUAUCACCGGAGGCCGUGUCAGCAAGCUCGUCGUCUCUGUUGCACCUGAACUGGAAUGCAGCGGGGAACACGUGGAUCCGCGAGGGUGUGACUGCUACGGCGGCGACCGCCAAAUCUUCCCGCACGUAUCACCCGAGGAGUGUCUUGCCUGGGGACGUUGGCCGCCCCCUUACUGCCCGAACCCAGACGUCUUUCGCUUUUGCGACGGCAGUUGCAGCAGCAGCUACAGCCGGGAAAGGGGGAGGAGUUUCUACAGUGGAGGGAAAGGCACCAGCAAAGCUAGUGCCAGCGCGCCGUGCAGUCUUACCCACUGCAGCUGCUUCCAGUGGGGCACACGUGCGAUGCAUGACACCAACGCGGGGUCACGGGCAGGCGUCCAUCCUGCUCUCACCAGGCGUCUCCCCGCUGGCACAUGUGACAGACGACAGCUCCUCGUUGCUUCUCGCCACGGGGUACAAAACGCCUCCACCAACGAAGUCCAUCUCUGCUUCGCCACAGUCACGUGGUGCCACGGCAGUCAAUGUGUGGAAUAGACUGUCGAUAUCGCAUUCGGCGAGCAGCACAACACCGGGAGCUACCCCGAGGCACAUGGAAGAAAACUCUUCUUCACGUUACGCGAAGCACCUAAAACUGGGCUCUGCCUCUGAUUUGGGACUCAGCCCGGUGUCUGGGCACUUGUCAGGAGCCACACCGAAGGACAAGACACCACGUUACAAGCCCUCGUUGUACGUGUCGCCCCCAAAGGGGGCGACGGAUUUAUUCGCAACACCACCAUCAUCGACAAUGAAGCGGAGCAAAACACUGGCCUUGAGUGCGCGCAGCCCUCUACGAAAGUGCGACACCAGUGUUCAGGUGAUACGAAUGCGCGACGAUAGCGGGGACUCUUGCUUGAACACUCCUCGCGGUGCGCCGCUUACGCGACACCGUGGCUACGGCGUCAGCGGGUCUAUAGGUGCAAAAACGAAAACCCCGAAUGCUGGCUCGCUUGAUGGCACGCAGCGCCUUCGUUCAAAUGAAGAUUUGCUCAUCUCGAAGUUACUCAAUGACUCCAACCCUGUGGCGAUGAGGCAGUCUGGCACCCCUCAGAGGAGCACACCCGGGCGUCCUCAGUCCCGUCAGCGUCAGGGGCAGGAGGAAAACGCGACGCCUCGUGUUUCCCGUCAGCGCCUUGCCAACGAUGGCUGGGUGGAUCACAAGCUCGAGGCCCUUGAGCAGCUGCGCUAUGACUUCCAGCAAUCAGAGCAGGUCAAGAGUGCACGGAGUCCCCCCAGGGGCAAAUCAUUUACCAGAAGCCCCAAGGAGCCGAAUGCUGCUUGCGACUGGGGGGCGUCCACGUUGCAAGCAGAUCGUGGGAGAAACGCGGACGCUUCUGCAUGGGGUGACAUAAUUGGCCAACCUGCCGCGCACGCCACCGGUAACGACAGCAAAAGCAUGUGUUGA